CCAGUGGCCACCCAGGAGAAGGAGAAGGAGGAGGAGGACCCCUUUAACUAUGAUUACCAGAGCCUGAGGAUCGGGGGGCUGGUGUUUGCCGUGGUCCUGUUCACCGUUGGCAUUCUCCUUAUACUCAGCAGGAGGUGCAGGUGCAGCUUCAACCAGAAACCCAGGGCUCCAGGGGACGAGGAGGCUCAGGCAGAGACCCUCAUCACCUCGAAUGCAACGGGGGCACAGAAGGCAGAGAACUGAACAGGAGCCAUGUGACCCAGAGACCCGAGGAGAGACGCUCGGAUCGCAGACGCCCGCGGCCUGCGAGGAAACUGAAAUCACGGCAGCAGGUCCCUCUCAGGAGGCACAAAGCUGCCGUGUCUGUGUUACCCUCUGUACUCCAGCACCGGUUCUCUGUUUCCUAACCCGACUAAACUCCGCUCACCGUCCUCUCUGCCUCCCGUGGUGUGUAAUGUUGCUGUGAGAUGAUCAUUACCUCUAGGGCUAGUUGUUGCUGA